AUGGCGUCCGCUGCGAAAUCCCUAUUCCAAACCCUCCGCCGUUGCAUCAAGAAGCCAUGGGAGUAUACCGGCCCCGUUGCCCACCCUGAAUACCAGCAUUCCAUCCCCAAGGCGACGGAAUACCGGGUUUACUGCCCCUCCACCGUCCCCGGCAAGGCCAUCGUACCCAACUCUCUCCCUGAAACUGUUUACGACAUCAAGUAUUUCAGCCGAGAUCAGCGCCGCAACCGCCCCCCGAUUAAGCACACAUUUUUGAAGAAGGCUGACGUGGAGCGGAUGAAGAAGGAAAAGACGUUCGACCUGACUGAGUUCCCGCAGCCGUACCUGACUGCGACGGUUAUCGAGGACGAAAAUGCCAUCGGCGGCGGAUACCAGAAGUAG